GUGCUUUAUGGACACCACAGUAACCAGUUAGGAAUCUACAUAGUCUAAAAUUGGUCAUUUAUUGCUAAUGUAUGGAGCACUGACAGACAUCAGAGGGACAAACUGGAAUUCCACUGGUCACGUGACUAUUUACACCAUGUAAAAAUGUUCACGUAAAGUCAAGACAAUUUAUUUUGUGUGUGUGUGUGUGUGGACAACUUUUUUUGCAAAAUGCUUCAAAAAUCAUUUUAGACUAUCAAAUGUUGCCGGUUGAAAUUACAACGAUAUACCGAAAAUCAAACGAAACAUUUAUGAGAACUUUCAAUGAAUCUACUACAUCAUAUUUUACGUUAAACUAAACCUCGUGUGUUUCGCUCGUUGAGAGCUUGACGGAUGUUUUUUGGUAGCUUAACCACAUGUAAACGUCCGCUUUGGAAGACCUACGUGCAAAACAUCAUUAGGCCACCUUUAGUGGGGGAACACAUAAGUGGUCUGUCCUGUUAAGUUGGAAGACGUGAAAACAAUUAUGAAAACCGGUUUAUGCCUUGACCUGGUGUGGUGGUAUCUGUCCGACCAGUCCUUCACCACAUUACUGAGAGAAGAAGUCUUGUAGUCUGUCACUGGCUCUCAACGAGGAACACUCUUUGGUUUUACGGGGAUUUAGGAGUGAAUGAUCCAGUGUUCAGCGGAGGAGAACAAACGCUCAUUGACCGGACAGUGAUCAGGCGUUAGGCCCUCUACCUCGAAACCGACCGCGUUCCCAUUAAGAUAGCCCACUCAGUUAAAGAUGAAGGGUGAGGACCGGAAAAUAUGGACCACGGACCAAUCUCGAAACUCCAUAGAGUCUUUUUGGUCUGAAACUCCUCCAGAAACCAUGUCACCAGCCAUCUCCAGAACUGCUGCAGGAGAGAUAAAUCACUGGUGGAGCCAAAUGAAGUUCCGCCUUCAGCACAGAAAAGGAUGGAAUGAAAUGUUGGAUGAGACCUUCCUCAUGCAGAACAAAAAAGUAAAUGACAUCCCCCUGUUUUCCGCCACUAAGGAGAACAAUGCAGCCUGUAUAAGGAAACUGCUUGACUGUGCAACUACAAAUAUCUUUGAGAGAGGUGAGCUUGGUGAGACGGCUCUGCAUGUUGCUGUGAUGAAUGAUAAUUUUGAAGCGGCUGUGGCAUUAAUGGAUGGAGCACCUGAGCUCAUCAAUGAGCCUAUGACCUCUGAACUCUACCAAGGUUUAACAGCCCUUCACAUUGCUGCAGUUAACCAGAAUGUUAACUUAGUCCGGGAGUUGAUAACAAGAGGAGGUGAUGUGGCAACACCCAGGGUCACAGGCAUGUACUUCCGCAAAAGAAGAGGAGGACUUCUGUACUUUGGUGAACACAUUCUGGCCUUUGCAAGCUGUGUGGGUAAUGAAGACAUUAUGUCCAUGUUGAUAAAAGCUGGGGCAAAUAUUCGGGCCCAGGAUUCCCUGGGUAAUACCAUCCUGCAUCUGUUGGUUUUGCAGCCCAAUAAAACAACUGCAUGUCAGAUUUUUGACGUUCUGAUGUCACAAGAUGCAGAUCUGGACCCCACCAUCCCUCUAGACAUGAUUCCCAACUACAGAGGCCUAACACCAUUCAAACUCGCUGCGAAGGAAGGCAACCUUGUGGCCUUUCAGCAUUUGGUUAACCGCAGACGGGUUAUCCAGUGGAGUUUGGGACCAUUGAGCUCCAACCUUUAUGACCUCACUGAGAUUGACUCCAGGGUGGAUGACCUCUCAGUGCUUGAGAUUAUUGUCAGCAGUCAGAAAAGAGAGGCCAGAAGGAUUCUUGAGUUGACUCCAGUGCGACAGCUCGUGAGGCUGAAGUGGAAUCUGUAUGGGAAACAUUACUUCAGGUUAUUGAUGCUGGUGUACCUGCUGUAUAUUAGCAUAUUCACGCUGUGUUGUAUAAACCGCCCCCUGAAGGACAUUCCUGAGAAUUACACCAAAGCAGACAAUGACAACACCAUAAAAGUGCAAAAAAGCUUCACGGAAAGCUAUCGGACCUAUAAAGAUCACCUGCGUUUAAUUGGAGAAAUUAUAAGUGUCAUAGGAGCAAUCGUUAUUCUGCUGAUAGAGAUUCCCAGUAUUUUGAAAGUGGGGGCUAAACGCUAUUUUGGCCAGUCUGCCCUUGGAGGCCCCUUCCAUGUCACUUUGGUAAGCUAUGCGUGUCUGGUUGUGAUUUUGUGUGUGCUGCGCACCACUGGAAUAGCAGAAGAUCUUGUGCCGAUGGCUUGGGCUCUGGUUCUUGGCUGGUCUAACGUUAUGUACUUCGCCCGAGGUUUUGAGAUGCUGGGACCUUACGUCAUUGUGAUUCAGAAGACAAUAUUUGGAGAUUUGACAAAGUUCAUGUGGUUGUCUCUCAUCUUCCUCAUUGGAUCCGCAACCGGUUUGUGGGUCUACUACAUGACUCAAGAAUCUUUAGCUUUACCGCCAUACCGCUCGUUUCCCAUCACCAUCUUCACUCAGUUUGAGCUGAGCAUCGGUCUGAUAGACUUGCCAGUGGACCACACUCUCUAUACACAUCCAGUUGUGCACUGCGUUCACAUCUACUUCAGCGUGGUCUCUUACAUCCUCCUGUUCAACCUUCUGAUCGCCAUGAUGAGCGACACGCAGUGGAGGGUCACCCAGGAACGUGAUGAACUCUGGAGGACUCAGGUGGUGGCCACUACUCUGAUGCUUGAACGGAGGCUACCACUGCGUCUGUGGCCAAGACUUGGUGUCUGUGGCCUGGCGUUUGGCCUUGGAGAAUGCUGGUAUCUCCGAGUGGAGGACCGCAAUGACCCAUUGGUGCAAAAGAUGAGACGUUACGUUACCGCAUUCUCAAAGGAUGGAGAAACAGCCAAGGAGAAGGAGGAUUUAGGCAAGAGUGACUCUGGAAAUCAUCCAGAGCAAAGCAAUUUUACUAAGAGCAACAAUGAUAGAACCAACAGGAGGCCAAGACAAUGCUGGCAGAUCAUUCGCCAGAGUAUAGAAUGUGAAAAGGAAGAAAAUGUGGAUUCCCCUGAUUUCAAGUAUAUCUAAAAAUGGCUCAAGUGGUAAUGUUUAGGUGAUAUGACAUUCUUAAUAUUUAAAGGGUUCCUGUUAAAUUAUUCUGUAUUCUUUUAGUGUUUUAUAAUAUGGUAUAGGUGUGCACCAUCAAUAUUGUUACAUAUAAAGGUGGAAGUUUAA